AGAUCCUAGGGCCUCGGAGGCCUUUGGAGCUCGCAACCGCAUCCCUCUUCCCCCAAGUGUGGGACAGCAGCUGGUCUCCACCCCUCGGAAGCGAGAAGGAAGGGGGUGCGACUUGAAUCCCUCAGCCGAUGAUGGAAGACGAGAGCUAGUCUAGAGCGGGAAGCGGAUCCCAGUUCUAGGGUUCCAGGGGGAGCUGUCCAGCCCCGCAGCCCGAGCUGGAAACCAGAGUGGGCCAGGGCGCGCCAGGCGGGCGCGAGGCGCGGGUGCGGCCGUGACUCCCCCCUGCACCCCGCCCCCCACGUGGCCGCCGCCGUCCCAGCCCCUCCGAGGAAGCGGCGCGGCUUCCUGCGGCUCGGGCCGGGGAUAUAGGCGUCCCCGCCUGGGCCAGCUCAGCUCCGCCGCCCCUCCUCGCCAUCUCGCCCAAGGCGUGAUGGCCCGGCUCCGGGUGGAGCGCGACCCGGCUGGAGCGCCGCUUGCUGUGACUCGCGCCCGGCGGCCGGCACCGCUCCGCCUCCCUCUGCUGCUGCUCCUUCUGCUGCUGCUGCUGCCGGGCGCUGUCUCAACCUUUCCGGAGUCCCUGAAUGAGUCUCAUCCCACUGAGGACAGCCAUCUGUCAGAAGGGACUAUUGAGGACUAUGAGACCAGUGUCCUACCCUGCUGGGAUCAUUAUAAGAGUCACAUGGAUUCUGUGAAGGAUUGGUGCAACUGGACUUUGAUUAGCAGGCAUUACAGCGACCUGCGAUACUGCUUGGAGUACGAGGCAGAAAGGUUUGGCCUGGGCUACCCAAAUUCCUUGGCAGAAAAAAUCAUCUUUGAGACUCACAUGAUACACUUUGCCAACUGUACCCUCGUGCAGUCCACCCUCUCCGAUCCCCCUGAAGAUGUGCUCUUGGCCAUGAUCAUAGCCCCCAUCUGCCUCAUCCCUUUCCUUGUCACUAUUGUGGUGUGGAGGAGUAAAGACAGCGAUGCCCAGGCCUAGGGUCCGUUUCUCAGCGGCCAUCUUUUCCCUUUCCCCGACUGGAGCUGGGAAUCACUCUUUCCCUCCCGCUCCCCUCUUUUCCCACUCUCAUCCUUCCCACAGACUUCCACAGGAUUGGUGGAAAUGGAAGCGAAGUGAAGUCAUGGCACAAUGUCUGUUGUCUUUAAAAUAAAACACGUUUUUGUACAACA